AUGGCUCCAGAAUAUCUGGCCCAUGGCCAGUUGACAGAGAAAGCAGAUGUGUACAGUUUUGGUGUGCUUUUGUUGGAGAUAGUUACAGGAAGCCAGAACAACAGGAGCAAAACUUCAGAAUAUUCAGACAGCCUGGUCAUCGUUGCAUGGAAGCAUUUCCAACAAGGGAGAGCAGAAGAACUCUUUGACCCAAACCUAAUGCUGCAUAACUACCCCAACAGCAACAUGAAAUAUGAGGUUUUAAGAGUGCUGCAUGUAGGACUUCUGUGCACUCAAGAGGUUCCUUCACUACGACCAUCAAUGUCUAAGGCACUGCAGAUGCUGGCAAAGAAAGAUGAGCACCUCCCUUCACCCACUAAUCCACCUUUUGUAGAUGAGCAAACCAUGGCACUUAAUGACACAUCCAAAAACCCGAGUCACCCCCUCAACGUCCUCAAUUCUGAUUCAAUUGCCAGUGUCUCCCAUAGUUCCUUCUACCCUAGGUAA